AUGAAUUUUCCCGGUCAUGAUUGUGAACUGGUCGAGCCGUCUUUUUCCGAAGCAGUUACAUCGAAUCUUACAUUGUAUCAUCAAAAAGUAGGUCGAUUCUCGCAAUGGUUUCGAAUGCAAACUACUAUUUCACCCACAGUUCCAAAUACAAUUUACAGAAGCUACAAAGCACACAUCAAGACCGCUAGGGUCCAGUUGUCUCAGAAGUACUGGUAUAUGAUUCAUCCAUUUAGCAAUUUCAGAUGGCAUUGGAAUCAAAUCAUGUCAGUGGUUUACAUAGUAGCUUAUUUCAACAUACCUCUUCAAAUUAUCAAUCGGCAGAUGUCGCACACCAACAUCAUACAAAUACUUGUAGAUCUUCUCUGUUUAACCGAUAUUGUCAUGAAUUUUCAUACAGGGUUUGUCUAUGAAGAAACUAAUCAAGUUAUAAUCCAUCGUGGUUUAGUUGCCAAACGUUAUUUUGGAACUUAUUUUUUUGUUGAUUUGCUGAGUAGUAUACCGACGUUGGCUACAGAAUAUACAGCGUCAUACGAUAUGUUCUAUAUAGAUGUUCUAAAAAUUCUCAAAGUGUUUCGCAUAAAAACAUUAUCAAACUACCUGAAUUCUACAAUUAUGAAGACGAGACUGGUUUACAACUACACAUUCGUAACAUUCAGUAAGUUGGCUGUGCAAGCAAUUUUCAUGUUACAUUGGCUUAGCUGCGCAUUGAUAAUUGUGCCUCUAAUCCAAGUUCAUUAUAAUGAACAAUACAUAGCAACAUGGAUGGGAGAUGAAGUAAUAAAGCAAGCCGAAGAAGGAAACAUAAUUCAGUUGUAUUUAAACUGCUUUAGAAUAACACUUGCUAUGAUUAUAGGAGAUUUGAGCUCAGUCAGUCCAGUUAUGACGAGCGAUGUUAUUUUAUGCAUAAUGACAAUAAUAAUCGGGUAUGUUUAUUUUGCAUAUGUGCUUGUAAUGGUGAUCAAUUACGUGUUAACAAUCAAUUCGGCCACGGUCACAUAUCAAGAAACUAUGAAUCAGUUGCAAACUUAUAUGCAUCUAAACCACAUGCCCGAGCGCAUGCAGAGUAAAAUUACCACCUACUACGAAUAUAAAUACAACUACAGGUACUUUCCAGAGCAUAAUAUAAUGUAUAUGUUGCCCCAGCAUUUAAAAGCAGAGGUUUCUUUACAUGCAUGUCAAAAAUUAUUGGAGAGUGUUGAGCUGUUUCACAACUUACCAAAAGAGGUCCUAUCCGCUAUAACAAUUAACAUGGAACCAAUGAUUUUCCUGCCUAAUGAUGUUUUGGUUCGAGCUGGUAGCCAGGGUACUUGCAUGUACUUUUUAGUUUCUGGAACUGUGACCAUCAUCUCUCCUAAUGGAAAGGAAGUUUGUCACCUGCAAGAUGGUUCCUAUUUUGGCGAAGUGGCACUUCUGAAACGAGACAAUAGAAGAGUUGCAAGCGUCAUUGCUAUUGAAUUUUGCGAAGUGUAUCGUUUAUCAGCACAUGAUUUUAGGAACAGUGUAUUAUCACAUAUCGCACUUGCGGAUAAACUAAGAAUGGGUGCGUUGGAUAGACAAGACUUUACGAGCACUGUUGAUAGAAUGCGAACGAAUAUGGUUUAA